AUGCUUAACUAACCACUCAAACCAAGCAAUAAGGCUGUGUCUCUUCAUGCUAUUAUGAGUAACAUCAAGAAAUAGAACAAACAAAAGCCUAGAUCUAUGAGUUAUCAUUCGAAUUAAAUUAAAUCAGAAGGACAAUCUAUUCUGUUAAGAGAUGAUGAUUAGAAAAAACUCAAUGACCAGAUCAAAUAAAAAGAUGAACUCAUUCAUUAAUUGUAAUCACAGUAACUAUCCGUUCGUAAAUAACUUAAUGAGAUAUUUGAAGUUAAUCAUAGUAAUGAUGAAUCACUCAUUUUACACAUUUAUUCAUCUGUUAUAUAAUUCAAAAAGGAUAGGAAAUAACAUUUACAACAACAAGAAAUUAAUAACAAAGUCAUCCUCCAUUAUAAGGAACUACUAUAAUGUAAAUGUUAUACAUUUAUGUAGAAAGCACUGAUCUAAUUGCAAAUUAAGAGGAGUAGUUAUAGAAUCAAUAACAAUUAUUAAUUACAUUAACUAAUUAAAUUAAAGAAAAUUCAAUCUUAUAACAUUUGAAUACCUCCAAUUAAGAAGUAACUCAUCAUCUUUAAAAAUUAAGAAAUAAUAGAUGUCCAAAUUUGAAUCAAUGCAGAGCUAAAUUGAUAAAUUUCGGAAUGCAAGUCUUAUAACUACGUUUCGAAAAGAAGAUUCCUAUCAAUAUAGCAAAUUAUAAAAUGCAUGCAAGUUAUUAUCAUCUAAUCCAGAAGAAAUUGAAGAUGAAAUUCUUUAAUUCGUUAGAGAUACAUUGCAAUUCUAUUAAGCAAUCGGAAACCAAUAAAGUACUCCAUGAUAUAACAUAGUCUACUCUUUUAUUAAAAGUUAAUUUGAGAAUGAAAGAGUAUAAUUAACGUUUAAUCUAAAUUAAAUUAAUAAUGAAGUCAUCAAAGUGCUGAUUAACAAAUUCGAUCUAGAUGAUGAUAUUGAAUAGGAAAUGGAACAGUUAAUACUUUUGAAAUAAAUAAAAUCUCAUAAUAAUUAGAUAUUACAAUAGAUAGAUUAGUUGGGAGAAUAUAUUAUAGUUAAAUUACAAAAUUAUAAAAGAAAUGAAAUAUCAAGAAUCAUGUUGAUACACAAUUUAGUUAAUUUAAAGAAAUAGAUAAUAAAAAAAAGUUGA